GAUUCAGAGGGCCGUCGGCUGGACAAGGGCUGCUCGCCGCCGACCAGCACGUGGGAGGUGCUCCUUCACUCCGCGGACGGCCGAAUCCGCCUCAACGCGCCCGUCACGCACGCCGCAGCCGAGGGGUACCACGUGUCGUGUUACCGGCUGUUGGAGCCAGGCGAGUACGUGGUGUCCGUGUACCUGACGGGCGUGCAUGCCGCCUCGCUGACUGGCAGCAGGGACGAGGAGAAGGCCCUGAGGCACCUCAAAUUCCAGCUAGUCGGCCAGUACAACGUGUCUGCGCAGCCACCAGAGCCUGAGGCGUACAAGAAGGAGUACGCUCGCCUGCAGGCGGCACUACCAGGAUGCACGGCACAGGUGCUGGAGGAAUCGGGGAACGCAGGGCGGUGGAUUGACCAGCAGUGGUUCCCCUUUGCCUGCAAUGUUCAACGCAUCACUCCCGGCUCACUGCAGCAAGGCGUGAGCUCACUGCAGCAAGGCGUGAGCUCACUGCAGCAAGGCGUGAGCUCACUGCAGCAAGGCGUGAGCUCACUGCAGCAAGGCGUGAGCUCACUGCAGCAAGGCGUGAGCUCACUGCAGCAAGGCGUGAGCUCACUGCAGCAAGGCGUGAGCUCACUGCAGCAAGGCGUGAGCUCACUGCAGCAAGGCAUGAGCUCACUGCAGCAAGGCGUGAGCUCACUGCAGCAAGGCGUGAGCUCACUGCAGCAACGAGUGAGCUCACUGCAGCAAGGCGUGAGCUCACUGCAGCAAGGCGUGAGCUCACUGCAGCAAGGCGUGAGCUCACUGCAGCAAGGCGUGAGCUCACUGCAGCAAGGCGUGAGCUCACUGCAGCAACGAGUGAGCUCCACUGCAGCAAGGCGUGAGCUCACUGCAGCAAGGCGUGAGCUCACUGCAGCAAGGCGUGAGCUCACUGCAGCAAGGCGUGAGCUCACUGCAGCAAGGCGUGAGCUCACUGCAGCAAGGCGUGAGCUCACUGCAGCAAGGCGUGAGCUCACUGCAGCAAGGCGUGAGCUCACUGCAGCAAGGCGUGAGCUCACUGCAGCAAGGCGUGAGCUCACUGCAGCAAGGCGUGAGCUCACUGCAGCAAGGCGUGAGCUCACUGCAGCAAGGCGUGAGCUCACUGCAGCAAGGCGUGAGCUCACUGCAGCAAGGCGUGAGCUCACUGCAGCAAGGCGUGAGCUCACUGCAGCAACGCGUGAGCUCACUGCAGCAACGCGUGAGCUCACUGCAGCAAGGCGUGAGCUCACUGCAGCAACGCGUGAGCUCACUGCAGCAAGGCGUGAGCUCACUGCAGCAAGGCGUGAGCUCACUGCAGCAAGGCGUGAGCUCACUGCAGCAACGAGUGAGCUCACUGCAGCAAGGCGUGAGCUCACUGCAGCAAGGCGUGAGCUCACUGCAGCAAGGCGUGAGCUCACUGCAGCAAGGCGUGAGCUCACUGCAGCAAGGCGUGAGCUCACUGCAGCAAGGCGUGAGCUCACUGCAGCAAGGCGUGAGCUCACUGCAGCAAGGCGUGAGCUCACUGCAGCAAGGCGUGAGCUCACUGCAGCAAGGCGUGAGCUCACUGCAGCAACGCGUGAGCUCACUGCAGCAAGGCGUGAUCUCACUGCAGCAACGCGUGAGCUCACUGCAGCAAGGCGUGAGCUCACUGCAGCAAGGCGUGAGCUCACUGCAGCAAGGCGUGAGCUCACUGCAGCAAGGCGUGAGCUCACUGCAGCAAGGCGUGAGCUCACUGCAGCAAGGCGUGAGCUCACUGCAGCAACGCGUGAGCUCACUGCAGCAAGGAGUGAGCUCACUGCAGCAAGGCGUGAGCUCACUGCAGCAACGCGUGAGCUCACUGCAGCAAGGCGUGAGCUCACUGCAGCAAGGCGUGAGCUCACUGCAGCAACGCGUGAGCUCACUGCAGCAAGGCGUGAGCUCACUGCAGCAAGGCGUGAGCUCACUGCAGCAAGGCGUGAGCUCACUGCAGCAACGCGUGAGCUCACUGCAGCAACGCGUGAGCUCACUGCAGCAACGCGUGAGCUCACUGCAGCAACGCGUGAGCUCACUGCAGCAACGCGUGAGCUCACUGCAGCAACGCGUGAGCUCACUGCAGCAAGGCGUGAGCUCACUGCAGCAAGGCGUGAGCUCACUGCAGCAAGGCGUGAGCUCACUGCAGCAACGCGUGAGCUCACUGCAGCAACGCGUGAGCGUGCGCAAUAA